UCGCACUGAAAUGAUGGCGGGGUAGCUUGAACCAGCUGUAGCUGCAGGAACCCAAGGUGGGCUGUGGGCAGUUUGGGCCUGUUAUGACGUAUGCAUUCCCGAAUUAAUAUGGAAUGCGGGCAACGAGCUCACAGCAGGGGAACAUGAUCGAAUCAAAUUAAACGCGGCUGGGCAAAGAAAGCAAACAGGCACCUGACCCAAGCUGCUUGAGCUUUAAAGUAAAUAAAUGCCACUCUCCAAUGUUUUGUAGCCUGCCUUCUUCCCUCUGUUCACAUACUCAAACAACCAAUAACAAAAAGCAACACAAUCAACACGAAUUCACGACUUAGUAUCACAAGAUACAUCCCCAAACAUCGAACACAUCUCACCAAAACAACAACAAAUCAGUCAAAAUGGUUAAGGGAGAGGCUACACAGACCAAGGUCCACUUCAAGGGCCAGGAGGACGACUUCAUCAUCUUCGUCGAUGACGUUUCAGCCUACAACCAGUGGAAGAGCGACAAGACGAUCCCCAUGGCUCAGUUCAUCUCUACUUUCAAGAUCUUCGUCACACACAAGCAAGGAAACCAAGGCCAAUAUGAUGGUGCUUCCAAGUCCACUCUGGAGAACGAGUUCGGUACUUCCAAGGAGGAAGAUGUAAUUAAGCAGAUCUUGGAGAAGGGCAACUUCCAGGAGUCACAGUUCCCCGACCGCCAGGGUCCUAAGAACGAUGCCCAAUUGGGCUCCAUCGUCAAUGGCCAGCCUGGAACUCGAUAAGUCUAGCAGUCUGGAUUGGAAUUGAUGUUAUGCGCCGUGUGGCCGCUUUUACGAUUUGCAUGAACGGAAUGGGACCCCGCAUGAUAUGAUGGGAAAAUGUCAGCUAAAUACUAGCGAAUGAUACCACCCGUAAACAGUAA